AUGGCCAACGCGCUGAAGAAGAACACAAACCUGCAGAGCCUGGUGGAUUUAGACCGCACUCGCAUUAACGCCAUCAUAGAUGUGGCAUGGAAGCAGGAAGUCCCCAAGGGAACCCGGCUCAUCACUGAGGGCGAUCUGAACGCCGACUACUUCUACAUAGUGCAGUCAGGCCUCUUCAGCAUCUCAAUCGCAGAUCAGAAGGAUGGGACGGCUUUGGGCUCGAUUGGCCCCGGCGGCAGCUUCGGGGAGCUGGCUCUGAUCUACUUCGCGCCUCGCGCGGCUACGGUCGAGGCCACUGAGAAGGCUACCGUCUGGGUCAUCGAUCGAGGAAACUUCAAGAAGAUUUUGGCAAAGUCGGCAGAUGAGCUCGAAGGCGAGUACUUGAAGCUGCUCGACAAG